GAGGACCAGGAGCUACAAGAAGGAAUACUGUAAUAUUUUUAUUCCCCAAAGAAGCAGCUGAUACUCAGGAUGCACAGGUGUAUUGGCGGAUUUUGCGUCUCUCUUAUUUUUUGCGCGUUUGUCACGGAGACUCUCGGAAUGGUCGUUGCGGCAAAAGAAAAGAGAGGAUGGACCCUCAACAGUGCUGGGUAUCUCCUUGGUCCUCGUCGUAUUGAUCACCUUAUACAGAUUAAGGAUACUCCCAGUGCAAGGGGGCGAGAAGAUCAGCUUGGUCAAUAUGCCAUUGAUAACCACAAAAGCCUUAGCGACAAGCAUGGACUGGCAGGGAAGAGAGAAAUGCCCAUGGAUGAGGAUUUCAAUGCAGGAGCUCUGAGAAUAUCAGAUGAAGAUGUUGUCCAUAUCAUAGACUUUCUUUCUUAUCUUAAAUUAAAAGAAAUUGGGGCUCUUGACGGUCUGCCUUCCUCCCUCACGUCAGAGGAAAUCAGUCAACCGUAAUUCUGACCAAUUUCAGCAUUUACACACCUUGACUUCCACUGAACCCUCUCCCUGAGGCCGUCUUAUGUUGUAUGUGUUCUCCAUUGCACUGUUCUUGACAUGUUAAACUGUCAAUAUUACCCGUACCUUCUACCAGAAUAACUUGAUGGCUGAUGUGGAGAUGGAUUACAAAAUAAAUACAAUUCAUCAAUGG